GGGCGUGAGUUCGAAUCCGUUUCGUGGCAUGCACCAUUAACUUUUCAGUUGUGUGCAUUUUAAGAAAUAAAAUAUAACGUGUCUCAAACGGUGAAGGAAAACAUCGUGAGGAAACCUGCACACCGGAGAAUUUUCUUAAUUCUCUGCGUGUGUGAAGUCUGCCAAUCCGCAUUGGGCCAGUAUUGUGGACUCGUGCUCGAUCCAUAUUCGGCUCACCGUUAGCCGAAUAUGGAUCGAUAAUGAAAAUGAUGUGGCGCGGACUAGCCCACGGUGCGACGCGAGCGAGCGACGGAAGCGUCCCUCGUGUCACCGGUGGAUACCGAUACGCACCUCCAGUGAUUCCCAGAAACGAUGUGCAAUGUUGGCGAUCGAUGACUAUACAAUCGGAGGCGAUAACCGAUAUCUAGUAACUGAUAAGCGGUGAACGCAUUUCGGGCGUCGCGUCGGCGUCGCGCGGAGCGUUCGGAGCGCGAGUUCAUCAGAUCGGAGCGCCGUCUCUGUGCCACGCUGCCCUGCCCGUCUCCGCCCACGACGCUCAGCCGCCCGCCGCCCGCCGCUGCCGACCACGAGCGUCGACUCUUGUCGAGUAUUACUCAUUCCAGUUUGAUGGUCGUUUGUUACAUAACACGGGGUUAUUGUAGUUAGUCGAGUUCAAUUGAAACUCGUGAGCGGCGUGUCGCGGGACUAUGUGAGUGCUGCCGCAGAGAUGUCUGCUCCAGAGUGCGCGCCGCUGCCGGUGCUGCUGCUGCUGCUGGCGCUGGGCUGCGCGCGCGCCGCCGACGUCGACGUCGUGCAGCUCAAAUUGGCGUACAAUGAGGUGCACACGCUGCUGCUCAACAACUCCGUGGAGUACAUCCUGGAGUUCACGCCGCCGACCGGCGGCGUGGGCUCGUACGAGACGAUGCCCAGCAUGGUGUGGCUGCGCAGCGACGGCGGCGACGUGGCGCACCCCGUGCUGGUCACCGCCCGCCAGCGCGCCGGCGCGGUGACGUGGCAGCUGCCGUACGAGCUGCAGGCGCGGCUGCUGUUCGAGCUGGAGCGCACGCUGUGCCCCGACGACACGGCGGCCGCCGGCGCCGGCGACGCCGCGGCCUGCGAGGGCGCGGACGAGCGCAGCGCGUUCUCGCUGCACGUGUCGACGGCGUGCGCCGCGCCGCUGCGGGUGCAGCUGCGCGUGUCGCGGCCCGACGUGUGGCGCCUGCCCUUCGCCGCCGCCGUCAGCGUGUACGCGUCGCAGGCGGCGCCGCGCGUGGCGCACUACGAGUUCGCGCCGGAGCAGCGCAGCGUGCGCGUCGUGGCGUCGUCGGCCAGCGGCGCCUGCGCGCUGCUCUCCGUGCAGAACUACUCGUGCCCGAUCGCGCAGACGCUGGCGGACGCGGCGACGGUGGGGCAGCGCCUGACCAUGGUGCACUCGGGCGCCGUGGAGGUGAUGCGCCGCGAGUUCCCGCGCGGCUUCUUCGUAGUGGCGCUGGUGUUCCCGACGGACGAGCCGUGCCGCGACGCGCCGCGCGACGACGACGACUGGCUGUGGGGCGACGCCGUGCUGCGCAGCGAGCCGCCGCGCGACGUCGCCGACCACGCCGCCAAGGACUUCAGCAUCGCCGUGGGGGUGGCGCUGACGCGCGCGCAGUACGCGCUGGCGGCGGGCGCCACGCUGCUGCUGUUCCUGUCCUUCUACGUGCUGUUCGGCGCGCUGGUGCUGGCGCAGCGCUGGCCGCCCUUCGCGCGCCACGUGCGCCCGCGCGCCGUGCUGGCGCCGCGCGAGCCCGCCGGCUCGCCGUCGGGCGCGGAGGCGGAGGCGCAGGCGCCGGGCGCGCGUCGCCGCCGGGGCUCCAACGACACUUACGACAGUUGCGAUGACAGCAACUCCGACGAGGAGUAUUCCGCCGAGCCCGCCGAACGAGCUGCGCCCACGGAACAUACGGCGCCCACCGAGCAUACGGCGCCCACGGAGCACACGGCGCCCACCAGCCAGGCGACCCCUGCCGUCGACGCCGCGACGAGUGAGCGCACCGCUCCGGCGCCGGCGCCGCUCACCGACUCGCAGGGCCCGUUCGGUCUGCCGGCGGCGCCGCGGCUGGCGGAGCUGGCGCGCCGGCCCACGCGGACGCUGCGCGCGCGCUCCGACCGCUACCUGCACACGCUGUACACCGUGGCGGUGUUCUACGCGCUGCCCGUCGUGCAGUUCGUCAUCGCCUUCCAGAUCUUCCUGAACGUGUCGGGCUCGCUGGACUACUGCUACUACAACUUCCUGUGCGCGCACCGCGUGGGCGCGCUCAGCGACUUCAACCACGUGGUGUCGAACCUGGGCUACCUGCUGCUGGGCGCGCUGUUCAUGCUGCAGGUGCGCCGCCGCCGCCGCCGCCGCAAGCGCACGCCGCGCCACCGCGACUACGGCAUCCCGGCGCACUACGGGCUGCUGUCGGCGCUGGGCGCCGGCAUGAUGGUGGUGGCCGUGCUGUCGGCCAGCUACCACGUGUGCCCCAACCGACUCAACUUCCAGUUCGACACGGCGUUCAUGUACGUGCUGGCGGUGCUCAUCAUGGUGAAGAUCUACCAGUCGCGGCACCCCGACAUCAACGCGCGCGCGCACGCCACCUUCGGCGUGCUGGCCGCGCUCAUCGCCACCGUGGUGUGGGGCGUGCUGGGCGGCGGGCGCGCCUUCUGGGGCGUGUUCACGGCGGCGCACGUGUUCACCUUCCUGCUGCUGUCGCUGCACAUCUACUACUUCGGCCAGUUCCGGCUCGAGAAGGAGAGCCUGGCGCUGGCCGCCAGCGAGCUGCGCAAGGGCGCGCGGCCCGCGUACCGCGCGCGCCUGGCGCUGCUGGUGCUGGGCAACGCGCUCAACUGGCUGCUGGCCGGCUUCGGCCUGCUGCGCCAGAGCGGCGACUUCGCCGGCCACAUGCUCAUGGUGCUGCUGGGCAACGCGCUGCUGUACAUGCUGUUCUACCUCGGCAUGAAGCUGGCGCACGGCGAGCGCCUGCGCUGGUACGCGUGGGCGCUGCUGGGCGGCGCGGCGGCGGCGUGGGCGCCCGCGCUCUACUUCUUCAACGCCGGCUCGUCGGACUGGUCGACCACGCCCGCGCUGUCGCGCCACCGCAACCACGAGUGCCGCGUGGCGCAGUUCUACGACAACCACGACCUGUGGCACAUGCUGUCGGCCGUGGCGCUUUACCUCAGCUUCAGCGCGCUGCUCACGUGGGACGACGGGCUGUCCGCCGUCAAGCGCACCGAGAUACCCGUCUUCUGACCCGCCUCCGCCGCCUCCAACUGUUGGAAGCAAUAAAUUGAUAUUUUCCUAAAA